CUGCAGUAUUGAGAGCUACAGGCAGGAUGGGGAUCUCCAGGAGCUGGUUGGGGUGUGCAGUAUUGGGAGCUGCAGGCAGGAUGGUGGUCUCUAGGGGCUGGUUGGGGUGUGUAGUAUUGCUGUGGAGCUGUAGCUUAGUGUCUGGUACUGAGGAGUUUUUAGAAGAUGUGUCUGAUCUGCAUUGUGGCUCCAGUAAGAUGCGUCUCUCUCUGCCCUCUGUGCCCCUGGAUUUUGCUUCUGCCUUCACAGUAUUGGAUUAUGCAGGAAAGCCUCACAGGCUCCAGAAUGACUCUACUUGCGGGCUCUCGGUAGGACAGAAACCAGAUGGCUCAAUGAUCAUUGGUGCUGCCUAUGACGGGUGCUUUGUAAGAGAGGAGAAUGGAGGCCAUGUGAUGACGCUCAUUGCAGAACAAAUUGCCAAUGGCCAAGUGGAACAUCAUAAAAGAGACAUCCGGUGCCCGCUCCUGCCAGCUAUGGAUGCUCCCAGCCCCAGUGACUGUGCUGCUGUCCAGAGUGGUGACCGCUUGCCUUGUGCCAAUUCCUCUGUGACCAGGGUGGUCUGUGAAGGAUUAGACUGCUGCUUCUCAACCAGUGACCCCUCCCUUCCCUGUUACUAUGGGAACAAAGUGACUGCACAGUGUACAGAUGACGGCCAGGUUCUGAUUGCUAUCUCUAAGGAUGUGACUACACCAUCGCUGAUCUUGGAUUCAGUCGGCAUCUUCAAUGUGGACUCUACCUCUUGCCCCAUGCUGAGUGUCUUAAAGAGUUCAUCUUUCAUACUGUUCCAGUUCCCCCUGUCUUGUGGAGGAGCCAGCCAGAUAUCUGAUACCACUGCAUUGUAUGAGAACACUGUUUAUGCCACUAAGGACAUCAGGACAUGGCAAGGGUCUUCUAUCACAAGAGACAGCACACUGAGGCUGACAAUCCGCUGCAUCUACUCUCGGACUGGUGUACUCCCAAUGCAAGCUGAGGUGCUCACCCUACCCCCACCACUCCCUGUGUCCACCUCAGGCCCUCUGCUCAUGCAGAUGAGGAUAGCUCAAGACGUGCAAUAUGCUUCCUACUACUUGGAUACAGACUACCCUGUGGUCAAAAUGCUUAGAGACCCAGUCUCCUUGGAGGUCCGAAUACUACAAAGAACAGACCCAAACCUGUUCCUGAUAUUAAAUGACUGCUGGGCCACACCUUCUACAGACCCUACCCAACAAGUCCAAUGGCCCAUUCUUGUGGCUGGAUGCCCAUUUACUGGGGACAACUACCUGACACAGCUGGUUCCACUUGGCACAUCCACACAGAGCAUUCCAUUCCCAACCCACUACCAGCGCUUCGUUGUCAGCACCUUCACCUUCGUAGAUCAGGGUUCCCAGCUUGCCCUUGAUGGACUGGUAUACUUCCACUGCAGUGCUUCCGUGUGUGUUCCAUCUGCUGCAGAUUCCUGCACAACGUCAUGCGGCCAAAGGAAAAAACGAGCGGCCAAGGAGCCAGUGCUGGAGAUCACAAUAAGCAAAGGCCCAGUUGACUUCAUUAAUAGUCCAUCAAAUAGUAAAGAUGUGAUGUCUACUAAAGAUGUGUCUCAUUUUGAAAUGUUAAAUGGAACCUCUGAGUUGGAUUUCAUUGGCGCUGAAAAGGAUGACCCCAUGAAUGCAGAUGGAGACUUGGAUAAUGUUGACAAGACUCUACCCAUAAGAGUGAAAGGUACCUCUGACCCCAAAUCAUCUGUCCUGACGUGGCUGAGGGGAGCAGCUGCUGGAGGAGGCAUCUUGGUCUUGCUAGUGACUAUAUUGGGUGUCCGAUGUCAUCACAGGAGACAGAGCCCCACAAUGCACACUGUAAAUAUAUGAAUAAAGCUGAUCUCAAAAUAA